AUGGAUGCCUCUUAAAUGAUGAUACAUUUUGGCUAAAAGCCUUUAGGAAAUGAAUUUUAUUGCUAAUUAAAAGAAAAUCAUGUUCCUGAAUAAUAUGCAUAAUAUUUAAUGGAAAUCAAAACUUAGAAACCCCAAGAUUUUUAUAUUAUUUUGAAAGCCUUUAAGACAGGAGGUAGAUUGAAACCGUUAGAGCAACUUUUAAUACAUAACAACAGUUAUUUUAAACCUGAAGAGGCUUAUGAAAGUAAAAAAUAAAACAAAUUUUUAAACAGAAAUAGAAGUUAAGAAAAUGUUGAAGUUUAUAAUGAUGAAUAUUAUAAAAUGAUCAUAGAGAAUCCAUACUUUGAAAAUUGCAAUUUAAUUGAAGAGAAAAAAGUUGCAGAUAUUCUAACUCAAGGAUUUAUACCUUAACAAGAUAAUUUUAUUUGGGCUCUUGUAGUUGAGAAGUCAUAGUUACUUAAGAAAGAAGUAAAUUUUUUGGCACAAAACUAAUUCAAAGAAUAAUUACAAAUAAACGUCUAUGGAUAAGAUAUUUCUGAUUAAAAAAAAGAAUUUAUAUCUGGUUGGACAGAGCAAGAUAUUAAUAAAAGAAUAUCUGCUCUUUUAAAUGUUGAACCAGGUGAUAUAAUUGGUUUGAUUAACCCUGAAAAGUCACUUGAUCGUUAAGCGUAUGCUACUCUUGCGGUUAAAUGUAAUUAAAUAUUUUUUAUUAAGUCUGGUAUCGAUUUGGAUUAGUUCUUGGAUAAAUAGAUACUAAAUAAACCUAUGAACUAGCUUCAAUAGGAAAAGAGAAAAAUAUUUGUGUAAAAAUACUUGAAAACGAGAAAAGCUAUCUGGUCUGAAAAAAAUAUUGUAGAUUUAAUUUAAAUUUUAACUAAAGCUUGUUAUUACGACGAAGUAGAUAAGUUCUGCAAUAUAUUUAAUAAUAUUAAUAUGGUUUUAUCAAAUUUAAGUAAUUAGACCAAGCAAGAAAUUAAUAAAAGUUUAUUUUUAUGCAAUAUGAAAAGAGGGCUUCAUUAAGAAGCUCUUAGUUAUUAUCAAAAAGCUUAGAAUGAGGGAUUAAUUAUGGACUAAUACAAGGAAGAAAUCAUUCAAAUCCUAUUUAAUUUUAGAAAAUUCGAUGAAGUAUAAAAAGAAUGGUAAACAUUAGAUAAUAGAUAGUAAAAUAAAUUAAAGCAUAUAAUAGCUUAAACAAAUCUUAUCUUAGACUUUAAAAAUGAAGGGAAAAACUUCGAUAAAAUAGUUGAAUUAAUGAAAUAAAAAAAAAAUUUUCAUUAACUUAUUUAGAACUACUAUGGCCCAAUAGAAAUAAGAAAGGCUACAAUUCAGUUAGGGAGAGAUGAUAGGGUUUAAGAUAUAGGCAGAGGAAUUUUUUUAACUAAAAAAGUGAACAAAAGGCAGUUACUUUGGGCAGAAAGAGAUCUGACAUAUAAGCCUAAUUAAAGAAAUAAUGUCAAAACAAUGUUUGAAACUUUAAAAGAUAUGCUUUCAAAUAAUUUACUAAGAGCUAGACUAAGGCAUUUGUACUAAGAUGGAAUGACCAAUUUUACAUUUCCAGAGGUUUCUUUGUAUAGCAAUGAUAAUUAUGACUUAUAAAAGUAAGGCUGUGUUCCUUAAAUUACAGAUGAGGACCUAUGGAAUAUAGUUAAUAGCUCUUCUCAUACAAUUUAUCCUAAGCUAUAUUAAUCUGAGUAAACUAAAGAAGAAGAAGGAUUAUGGCCAAUUUUCUCAUUUGUAAAUCAUUCAAUUUCUAACAGAAACAUUGAAGUUAUAGUGUAGCAAGGCUUUUUAUUUGUUUUUUCGACAAUGAGUCUUCCAGAAAACACUUAAAUUUUUUACAACUAUGUAUUAAAUAUAGAUAAUGAGGAUGUAAUUAAAUCUGUAAAAUCAAAAUAUGGGCUGUAAGAGCUAUGA